AUGGUUGAUACAAGCAGUAGCGAGGAACACGACUUGUCGAGCGCUGAGUCCGAAAAUAUGCCUCCGAGCCGCCGAGAAGAAACUUCAACGGAAGAGGCUUUCGGCCAGAGACGCACUGGGGCCACGGCACCAACCGAACAGCCUAUCAGAUCUGCACCUAGAGCCACCGUACAAAUCCCGGUUCAAGUCCAUAUGACCGACGACGUACCGGCACAGUCCGACAAUAGAGGAGAAUCUCAGCGUGAUGACGCACCGAUCAUCACAGGACCGCACAGCAUCUUCUCGACCAAUGCACCUCUAGCCGAAAACGAAUUUCCCAGCAAUGCUCCCCCGCCGGCGAGCGCAAGCGCAGCCAGGUCUGCGCCAAAGCUUCUCAAGUCAGUGGAAAGCCUAGUCCAAGAGAUGCGUGGAAGGGCGCACUUUUCCAACUUCGAGGAGGUAGCCACGCCGAGUCGCAACGCGAGUACACCAAUCUUUCCGUCCUUGAAGCGCUUUAUCACUGCGCGCUUCGGUAAAGCAGAGGUUAUCGAUAAGAGUAUCAUUGAGUCAACAAAUGUCGUUGCCGGCGCGGCUUACGACUUGUUCUUCCCCGUCAAUUUGGUCGUGACAGACAGACGAGGAGUCGCGCUGCCUGGUCUGCCUGUUGAAGGUAUCCCUGACUCGCAGGGAUAUCCCCUUCUCUACGAAAUAUCUCCCAAAAGAAUAAUCCGCGCUCGUAGCUCGGGUGCGAUGUAUCCCGUUAGUAUCAGCAGAGGUCUCGCGACGAAGCUGGGCACUUAUCCUGACCCGGGCAUGCUUCGGGCUUGGUCUCAUAUGUUUCAGCUGGACGACGACAAGAGCGCGCAGUCCAUUCUGCUGGGCCGCGUUCUUGGUGCUUCAGCUGGAGACAACCACAUCGCCUUGCUGCUCAAAGCUUACUUUCUAUACUUUGACUCCGUAGCUGGGGCGCUAAAGGGUGUGACCAUGGCUCGAAACCCCCAGCCUGCGGUGGGUACUGUCAUCAACGUCAACACGCAACCCGGGUGGGCGGCGCAUGUGAUGGAUUCAGGCGCCGAAAUCGUCAACGUCCUGGGCGGCACGAGCGACUAUCAGGAGUUUUGGGCGUACUGUUGCUUUAACCAAGCUCCCAUCUCCGCAACCAAGACGUCGCUCGAAUCGAUUGCUGGCACCGCGACACAGUUCAGCCAGUACAAUCUAGACCAGAGAUUUAGCAUGGUCUGCCUUUGUGACGUGGACGCGUAUUCCAUUGAACGUGAUCCUUUGUUCUUUGGCAAGCCGGAGCUGGUCUUGAACUACAUCGAGAUGUAUGUGCAAAAGUUUGGUCUGCAGGAACAAGCCAACGAGGCGCUUCAGAUCGCCAUGCUUUGGCCUAGCCUGCUAGUCGCCGGUGCGACUAUUUCGUUGCCCAAACCACUCCAUACCGCCGACUGGCUUGGUGCCGAGGUGGAGCGUACAUCAACUGAGACUGGGUACGGCCAACUCACCGCGUGUGGGCCAUUCAUGGCACUGGCUUCGACGCUCGCUAGUGCAUGGGCAAUGCAGUCGCAGAUGUAUGACUUUGUGACGCUGCUCGCGGCCGGACGUAGCACGUGGGCGCUUUCGGCUAACACGGUUGCGUCCGCAACGGCCUGGCUCUCCGCCAACCUUGCGGCGCCAGGACUCGGGUGGGAAUUUCUGUUCAACUCACAGUUCAGUACAUCGGCCUCGUUUUUGUAUCUUACUGGCUUGUCAGUCGAUGUCGUGCGAUGGGACACGCUACUACAGCCCUUCACGUGGAAAGAAAGCCACUUCCCCGCUCACCUACGACUUUUACAGCCAUACUGGGUGGAGUCUUCCGUCUGUUGCUGUCUGCCGUGGGAAUCAGAGUGGCUUCCGAAGGUGAGUGUGAGCGGCGCCUUUGCGACAGCAAACCCGUCCACCAUCAUGCGACUGCUUCGUCUCGGCUUGCUCGACACAUCCGCGGAAGGUCUCGAACGAUCAGCUACCAGCCACGGCAUUUUCCCAAUCUUGGAGCGGCCCGGGGAUGAGACCAUUGCUAUCAGUCCAGAGAGUACGAUGAUGCUCUAUGUCCUUUUGCAGCAUGGUGUAAGAGUACAAGCACGCUUUGCCAGUUCCGCAGUUACGCCAGCGGUGGAACUUUUCGCGCGCGGCGAUCCUCUCGACGCAGAUGCUACAAGGAAAAGCUGGUCUCUCGGCGCUGCAGCGAAGACGAAGGCAUCAGGCAAAGGCUCACGCGGGAGGGUGACCAUCGCGGGCUAA